AUCACAUGUUUCUUCAGAUCUUUCUUUAAAGUUGAAGAAACGUUAACGUAUAUAACUAGAAUCUAGCCAUAGCAAAAAUUAAUUUCUCUCUUCAUCGUCAAAAUGUUUUCUUCUUCCAUAACCAGGUUUCUAAUUCCAUUCCUUUCUCUUAUCGGAAUUCUCUUUGGCACUACAACCAAUGCUUUAGUAAAGAUACCGCCGAAUGAGACUAUUCCUGCGCUUAUUGUCUUUGGAGAUUCCAUCGUUGAUGCUGGAAACAACAACAACAUCAACACCUUGAUUAAAUGCGACUUCGCUCCUUAUGGGAGAGAUUUCAAUGGUGGACUCGCAACAGGAAGAUUUUCAAAUGGAAAAAUUCCCUCGGACAUCCUAGUAAUUUCGUUGUCGGAGCAGAUAAAUUACUUUAAAGAAUACAUUUCUAAACUGAAUGGUCUUGUUGGAGAAGAAAGAACAAAAUUCAUCUUGGCCAACAGCCUGUUUCUAUUGGUCGCCGGCAGUGAUGACAUCGCCAACACCUAUUUUGUCCUCCGUGCCCGGAAAUUGCAAUACGACGUUCCUGCUUACACCAAUCUCAUGGUUAAUUCAGCUUCCAAAUUCAUCGAGGAACUAUAUUCACUGGGAGCAAGAAGAAUUGGAGUGUUCAGUGCACCACCAGUCGGAUGUGUACCAUCGCAAAGAACGUUGGCCGGAGGAAUAGAGAGGGAAUGUGCCGAAAAUUACAACGCUGCAGCCACAUUAUUCAACAAAAAACUAUCCACAGAACUGGAUUCCCUUUCUAGUAGCCUGCCUCAUAGCAAAAUCAUCUACAUAGAUGUGUAUAAUCCUCUUCUUGAUAUCAUCAAUCGUCCUCAAAAAUAUGGAUUUGAAGUUGCGAACAAAGGGUGCUGUGGUACAGGGAAACUAGAGGUGGCAGUGUUAUGCAACAAGUUGAGUCCAUCAACAUGUGCAGAUGUGGACAAAUAUAUUUUCUGGGAUAGUUACCAUCCCACGGAAAGAGGAUACAGAGUCCUCAUUUCUCAACUCCUGCAGAAAUACGUCAACAAAUUCUUUUGAACUGAGUUAUGCUGGUGUGAAUGGUGAUGACACCACUUUAAAUUUACUAAUUCUAUAUAUCUUAUCCUGUAUAAUAAGGUCCCAGUGAAUCUUGAAUCAAUUAGAAAAAAUCAAGGUUGAUUCAGUCCUUAAUAAUAGUACUUUGCAACU